AUGGCGUCAGGCGCGUCGUCAAUCUCGGUCACUGUUCGUGUUCGACCUUUUACUAUUCAAGAAGCCGCGCAAAUCACAAAAACUGAUGAUGGCAUAUCGUUUCUGGGAGAGGGUUCAUUGGCAGGUGCCCCUACUCCGAGGCUUGGGGGAAAAGGGAUUCAUCCUGUCAUAAAAGUGAUUGAUGAUAGGUGCCUUGUAUUCGAUCCUCCACAAGACAAUCCUAUUACUAGAUUCCAAACAAAAGUAGUAUCGAAUAUGGGCAAAAGAGUGAAGGAUCAAACAUUCGCAUUCGACCGAGUCUUCGAUGAUAAUACAACACAAGGAGAUGUCUACGAAUCAACAACUAGAGGGCUUUUGGAUAAUGUACUCGAUGGUUAUAAUGCUACAGUCUUCGCAUACGGUGCCACCGGUUGUGGUAAAACUCAUACGAUUACAGGAACGGCUCAACAACCGGGAAUUAUCUUCUUAACUAUGCAGGAACUUUUCGAGAAGAUUAACGAGAGAUCGGAAGAAAAGCAAACGGAAGUUACAUUAUCUUAUCUGGAAAUUUACAACGAGACAAUUCGAGAUCUUCUGGUUCCGGGGGGAAGUAAAGGGGGUUUGAUGUUGAGAGAGGAUGCAAAUCAAGCGGUAUCAGUCGCAGGAUUAUCGUGCCACAAACCACAAGAUGUUCAGGAGGUUAUGGAUAUGAUCGUCAAAGGAAAUGAAUAUCGGACAAUCUCACCAACAGCGGCCAAUGCAACAUCCUCUCGAUCUCAUGCUGUCCUCCAGAUCAAUCUUGCGCAAAAGGAUCGAAAUGCAUCAGUGAACGAACCACAUACCAUGGCAACUUUAAGCAUAAUUGAUCUGGCGGGUAGUGAACGUGCGAGCGCAACGAAGAAUCGAGGUGAUAGAUUAAUCGAAGGUGCAAAUAUCAAUAAGUCUCUUCUUGCUCUGGGUAGUUGCAUCAAUGCCCUUUGCGAUCCCCGGAAGAAGAACCAUGUCCCAUAUCGAAACUCGAAAUUGACGAGAUUAUUAAAGUUCUCCCUCGGUGGAAAUUGCAAGACUGUCAUGAUUGUAUGUGUCAGUCCUUCGAGUGCUCAUUUCGACGAAACCCAAAAUACGUUGAGAUAUGCAAACCGAGCGAAGAAUAUUCAAACCAAGGUUACGAGGAACGUUUUCAAUGUCAACCGACACGUCAAAGACUUCUUGGUCAAGAUUGAUGAGCAAAUGGCUAUGAUCAAUGAGCUUAAAGCUCAGCAGAAAGAUGCAGAGGGUCUUGCAUUCGUAAAGUUUAAAAAACAGGCGGAAAAGAGAGAUAUCAUUACACGCGACGGCGUGGCACGUAUUCGAGCAGCAUUUGAUAACUCAGUGACCGAACGACAAGAAAAGGUUAAUCAAAUGAAGAAACUUCGACAAAUCGAGCGUCGCAUCAGCAUUUUAUCCUCCUGGGUUGCAGCAUUUGAUACCAUUUGCGAUUCGCGAAAUGAUGAAGAAAUGCCUGCUAAUCUGACUUCUAUGCGCAAGACUGCUCAAGGUAUUCUACUCGAAUUGGAGAAUAGUCGUCAACAUUACCAUCAAAGAUUGCACAAAAUGAAUUGGGAGCGCGCGAUCGAUUCCGCAUUGCAAAAUAGUGUUCGUCAACUGGUUGAAAUUAAUGGAUGCGAGGAAGGCAGCGAUAUUGCUUGCUUGUCUCGAGAGACGGAACUUUUGAAGGCUAAUGCUGCACGAGAUGCAUUCCAACAUGUCUUGGACCAAGAAAAAGGUGUUGAUGCGGGUGUUAUGCAAGUGCUGCUCUCUGCCCAAUUCGAGAUCAUGUCUUCGCUUAAUGACAUUCUUGGUAUGACUGAAGAGGAUGCAGUACAACAUGGCAAAAAGACGAUUUCAAAACUUUUAGAGACAUGUUCGACAGCGGCUGCUUCAAUCGUGAAGCCCGAUGGAUCCAUAAAGAUUAUGGAAAAGUUCGCGCCCACCAAGCGAGGUACCCCCAAACGCAAAAAGCAAAUCAAUCUCUCCUUUGAAGAAGAGUUGCAGUCACCAAUAAAAAUGCCAUCCCUCACAUUGGCCCCACAGAUUCCUUCUCCGAUGAAAUCCUCACCGAGGCGUCGCAAGAUUGUAGUAGGUAAGAAAGGACUUUCUUUCACACCGAAGAAGACCUCCAAGCGAAGUGUCAGAUGGCGAGAUGAUGACGAUGCCGGAGCGUUGGCCGAAUUCGAGAAAACACCUCAGAAGUUUGAUUCCACUCCGGAUGUGUCCUUCGUUGAAGACAGCUUAGCCCCACCACCCUUAACAUUAUACCUAGGCGAGGUUCACACCGACCCCCUUGGCUCAUCACCUAUUCCAACGGCCCCACUAACAUCCAUUGAUAUCAAGCCCAAGAACAAUCGAUUCCAAGCAGGAUUCCUGUCCAAAAAGCCCCACUCGGGCUCACCUCCGCCACCAACAGUUUCCAAUCUCUCCCCAAUGUCUUCGGAUACAGAACAUUCCCCACUGAGGACCCUGAAGAACGGUACUUCUCCAAAUAGAUCAUCACUUCGCGAAACCGAUGAAGUUGCCGGGACAGGAAACUCGGGAUCCGAAGGAGAAAAUUGGAAAGUAGAAAAGUCAGACGGUGUUAAGAUUGGUCAAGCUCUUAAGAGAAAUAGUAGUCUAUCGAGAACCGGCCAUGCCCAUACAUCAUCAGAUGGUAACCCAAGAUCGAGAAGAGCGAGAAGUCCAACGGCGGCUCAGUUGGCCACAAGUCCAACAAGCGAAAACCAGAUGUUUACAGCUAGUCAUGCGAGACGAAUGGUGAAGAGUGAUAAAGAGUCAACGAUAAGUAGUGUACUGAGCCCAAGGACAGCACCGAUUUUAAAACACGGUCAUAGUAGACGUACAACGGCCGAUGCGGGUAGAUCUGGAAGCGGUAGUCAUGGACAUGGACAUGGUCAUGGUCAUGGUCAUGGUCAUGUAGGGGGUGGAGCUAGUGGAUCCUUUAGAGAUACGGCGGUUAAUGGAGGGAAUGGAGGAAGUGUAGGAAGUGGAGGAAGUGUAGGGAGUGGAAAGGAACCCAAGCCGAGGGAAAGUGUAAUAAAUGUUAUGGGAAAGGGGGGGUGGAGAUAA